UGCUGCUCACAGCAGAGUGCAUCACACCCACUGACUUCUAACUGAGGAGAACCAGCUCCAUAUCAACUCUGAGAUUCUCUGAAAGCCCAGUCAGCUUCCUGCAUCUCACUGCUCACAGCUGCGAGGAGCUGAUUUAACAUUCAGAGAGGAAGGAGAGAUAUUAGAGCCAAAGAGGAGGGCCUGACAGGGAGCCAGAUCAGCAGGCAAGCUGCUGCUGCAGGGGGAGGAAGAGCAGGCUAUGCACCAGCCAAAGCCAGAGGUCAAGAAGAAAAGAGAGAGAGUAGUAAAAAGGUAGACUCGGACAGAGAGGAGGGUCAUCCGUGAUCUGAAGGAGAAUCCCAGCCUCUCUUUGUUGCUCCGAGGGCCACAGAGCGGGGGGAGGACGAUGUGAAGGAGAGCAGGGAGGGAGGCAGCUGUGAGAAAGACCAGAGAUGCUCUCAGAGAUCAUGUGCAGGAGGAUCUUCCAGCAGCAGAGGCAGCAGGACGAGAAGGAGGCUCAGGUGAGGGAGGCCAGCAUCCGCAGGAAGCUCGGCUGCUCCUCCAAAAGCUGCAGGGGGAGGAAGGCGGGGGGGGCGGGGCGCGGGAGGGCACGCAACCCCCACCUGCACCCGCAACGUCAUCACGCACACAGACCGCCGCUGUCCCUGCGUCCUGUCAACGUCAAAGGGAACAGAGCCAGGGGGAUGCGGGCCCCCCAGAACACCAACCAGUUCCUGAUGCAGGAGAAGUACCAGAUGCAGCACCUGAGGUCCGACUCGGUGGGCAGCGACAGCGGCUGCAGCUCCGACAGCGACCUGGAGCUCACCGACAUGGACUCCUACCUGGGCGUCCUGGAGAACGCCAGAGGGGCCCUUCUGGACAGCCCCAGCCCGGACGGCUGGAUGACGUCACCGGGGCCCCUGCUGGUGCUGGAUCGGGACAGUCCCUGCGUGUUCCUGCAGGAGGACAGCAUGCAGUACUUCCCCUCUGAGGACGACCUGCUGCAGAGCCAGAACUUCAUGCAGAGGGACUUUGCUCAGUUCUGUGAUUUCCUUUCACCAUGACGCAGACUGAACACGGUCAGGUUGGUUCUGAUUCAUGCUUACUGUCAACAAAACAAAGUUUCCACCUCACUGAGUCAGAAUCUGGAGGACUGGAUGCUUUUACUGGGUCCAUCAGAAACUUCUAAAAGUGUCAUUUUGUUUUCUGAGGAGAAACUAAAGGAAGCAGCACCAGCUGGGCUGAAUUAAUGUUGUUUUUUUAAACUUUUAUAUCAGAAAUGUCUUGUUUUUACUGUGGAUAUUUGGACAUGUUGUCUAUGAGGCUUUGUGUUGUUGUUUUUACAUAAAAGCAAAUGGCUGAAUGGUGGGAGUGAGCUCAAAGGGCCAAUCAGCAUGGAGCUGGCCUGAUUAGGCUGCAGAUGAUUGGCCUUUGAGGACUUCAAGCUGUAUACAAAAUAAAAAAAAGUUUAAAUAAAUAUGUUUG